AUGGCCGCUUCACCAAUCGUGCGUCGGGCACUUCUCUAUGUCCCCGGCUCAUCAAUGCGCUUCCUCGAAAAGUCACGAGGCGUGGCCGUCGACACCAUCUGCUACGAUCUCGAAGACUCAGUGACCCCCGGCAAAAAAGCAGAAGCACGAUCAAAUCUCCAAACCAUUCUAUCUCGAGAGCGAGUAGCAGGCAUCAAAGAACAAGCUGUUCGCAUCAAUUCCGUGGAUAGUGGUUAUGCACUCGACGACCUGACUCAAGUGCUCAAAGCACCCAAUCUCGAUGCUCUGGUUGUUCCAAAAGUAAACAGUGCCUCUGAUUUGCAUUUUGUUACUGAUGUUAUUCGUCAUGCUCUUCCUGAGCGACAUGGACCAGACGCCGAGUCUCCUCUUCGAUUGAUCGCUUUGAUUGAGUCGGCAAGAGCAGUCAUGGAUCUAUCCGCCAUUUGCAAGGCAUCGCCAUAUCUGAGUGGUUUGAUCUUUGCUGCUGAGGACUUUGCGCUUGAUCUGAGUAUCACACGGACACCCGACCUCAAGGAGUUUCUGUAUGCCCGCUCGGCCAUUGCCACGGCGGCUAGAGCUUUCAAUCUUCCGUCCACCAUUGAUUUGGUCACGACUGCGUUCCGUGGCGAACAAGGUCAGCAGGUGCUCAAGGAGGAAAGUGAGGGUGGUAAGAGGAUGGGAUACAACGGCAAACAAUGCAUCCAUCCCAGUCAAGUCGAGCUGGUGCAGGACAUCUUUAGCCCUAGCAAGGAGGAGGUGGAGUAUGCCGUCAGAGUGGUGAUAGCAGAUGAGAAGGCAGAUGUCCAAGGCAGAGGCGCAUGGACAUUGGACGGAAAGAUGAUUGACGUGCCUGUGGUAGGCAAAGCCAAGGCAGUCGUCAAAAAGGCAGAGUUGUGUGGCCUCGAUGUCGCAUCUGUGCGAGAAAAGUUCAAGGAUCAAGAACCAGAGUAG